GUCGCAAAUGAUGUAGGGUGAGGAAGCCAUGUCAGGACCUGACCCGACAACAAUUGGAAGCAAUUGGAAAAUCCUCCAGCAGCGACUACAGGCUGAGAAGAAGGCAAAUGGGCAAAGCACCAGCAAUGGCGUGAAGCGCAAAAGAUUGCCCGAGAAGAAACAGCGCAACAACAACAACGGCUUCAAGAAGACCAAAUUCGACUUCAACUCUGCCAACGGCACAUCGCUAGGAAGCAAGCGGCGCAAGAUGGGCGCCUACGGCACGACCAGCAGCAGCACCAAACCCCCAACUCCGAAACGAGCCUCCUCUUCCGCCGACGAGAUCAUCAAUGGCGGCCUGCACCCGACCCACAAAAUCGGCAAAUACAUCGCUCUCGACUGCGAAAUGGUCGGCACAGGCCCCCCACCCCAUCUCGACAACAUCCUCGCGCGAGUCUCGCUCGUAAAUUUCCACGGCGAACAAAUCUACGACUCGUACGUCCAAGCCCCACCGAAAACACGCAUCGAAGACUACCGAACCCACGUCUCAGGAAUCUUACCACACCACAUGAAAGCCGGGUAUGCGCGAACGUUUGCACAAGUGCAGCAAGACGUGGCGAAAUUGAUGGAAGGGAGGAUUUUAGUGGGACAUGCUAUACGCAAUGAUUUGAGUGCGUUGAUGCUCAGUCAUCCGAAACGGGAUGUGCGGGAUACGGCACGAUAUGCCAAAUUUCGGGUCGAGAGUAAAGGCCGGGCGCCGGCGUUGCGGAAGUUGGCGAGGAGUGAAUUAGGAUUGGAGAUUCAAGGGGGAGAACACUCGUCUGUGGAGGAUGCGAGAGCGACCAUGUUGUUGUUCCAAAAGGAGAAGAAGGGGUUUGAAGAGGAGAAUCGGAGGCAGUUUGGGCAGAAGAAGGUGCUGGCGAAGAAGACUAAGAAGAAGAAGCGGACGAAGAGGAAGUAG